AUGUAUUCAAAUGACAGAGUUCGGUCUUCAACUAAGGCUGCGGGUGACAUAUCGGCAAACACAGACACUGCCAGUGGAAAGAGACAACAAGCAGGAUCACAUCAGAACUCGCCUAUUUUAGCUCCCAAAUCCACUGCCCUCUCUCGCUCAUUUGAGAUAAAGUCGAGGAAAUCGUCCUAUGAUAGUCUUUCCAGUAGGACACACCAGAGUGAGAAUGUUGGACCACAUUGCAAAACUGGAAAGCAGAAUAGCAUUCAAAGAUCGAACCCUGGGACUAGCAGCAAGCAAGGAGGGGCACAUUUCCAUUAUGGGUGGCAGGAGCGGCAGAAGAACAAGCAAAAGAACCAGCAUUUUGAUGGCUCAAAGUUAGUACAGUCAGAAAAUAUGCUCAGUCAUAAACGCAGACUCUCAUCUACCUCAGCGAACAAGUCAGGAAGACUAUUCAAAGUGAGCUCCAGUGAUCAGAUUGCGGAUCUUAGUAUGGAACUAUCUCAGAAACAUAUUGAAUCGGAUAGCGAAGGUACUUUUUCUGGACCAUCAAAACUGGGCACCAAUGCCGUUAUUCCGAACACUCCCUCAGACAAACCAUCUCGGCAGAAGACAGCUAAGGAGCUGAGUGCAGAGAAAAAAGCCCUGAUAAGAGAGGAGAAACUAAGGGCAAGGAUCGCGAAGUCCCAACUGAUGCUUUCAAAGGGAAUGAAUUCAAUCAGCGCAGGCGAUAUUUUAAUUAGUGUUGAUAUGGAAUGCUGGGAGCGCAACAAUACGAAAAUGACUGAAGUGGGAGUUUCUGUCUACGAUGGGACAAAAGCUUCUAGUUCGUUGGUUGGUCGCAUGAGAAAUGAGCAUUAUAUCAUCAAAGAGUUUCUGCGUAUGAGAAAUGGUCGAUUUGUCGAAGACAACAAAUUUAAUUAUUUAUUAGGGAAGUCUAAAAUACAAACUCUACCAGAGUGUCAAAAGUCAUUCAAAAAUCUGGUUAUGGAAUGCGAGCAGAGAGCUUCUCAAUUCGGAUCUAGAGUAUUGUUUGUUGGUCAUGGCGUAAAAGCCGACUUCACUAUGCUUCGUCGGUACGAAUUUUAUUUGGGACAAGAUUUGGGAGAUAAAGACCCUGAUUACUUCGACACCUACGAUAUAUGGCAGUUAUCUGACCAUGAAUUUGGCGCUUUAGGAAAGGUACUUAAAUAUCUAAAAAUCAAUCAUGGAGCUUUGCACAAUGCUGGAAAUGAUGCUUACUUCACGAUGUUGUUAGGAUUGUGUCUUUGCAACAACGCCUUUAGGGAGACGCAUAAUUUAAACAAUCCUGAAUUAAGGAAGUUGUUGGAAGCCUUGGUUGACAGAAGUAGUACGGUUCCUACUGAAGAGCUGAAUCGACUUCUUUAUCUUUCCAAGUACCGUGAUCUAAAAUAG